UGCCAUUGUUGUGAUAGAUGUCACUCCAAGAAAAUUUAGCAAGGUUUCGGAAACAGCAAGAGAAGUGUCAGUCAACUCUUUCGAGUAUUGCUUCUGAAAAACAAGCUUCAACCAAGUCCUCCAAUCCACCAAAGCAUAACUCUAAUGUACAGAAAUCAACUUUGCCAACUGCCUCACCAUCUAUAAAUGCAAGGCCUCCUGUCAAAUUUUCAAAUGAUACCGAGAGGCUUCAGAUCAUUAAUAGCAUAAGGAAGGCUCCUGCUGGAGCUCAAAUAAAGCGUGUCAUUGAUCUGCUUCUAGAGCGGAGGGAAGCCUUAACUCCUGAGCAAAUCAAUCAAGUAUGCCAUGUUGAUGUUUAUGCAAACAAAACUGUGUUUGAAAGUUUGAAGAACAACCCAAAAGUGAGCUAUGAUGGGCAGUGUUUCUCUUACAAGUCAAAGCAUGAAGUUAAGAACAAGGACCAAUUGCUUGUCUUAAUACGGAGAUAUCCGGAAGGCAUGCCAAUCAUUGACUUAAAGGAUUCUUAUAUAAAUGUGAUGGAGGACUUGCAGGCCUUGAAGGCCGAUCGAAAAGUUUGGCUGCUCUCAAACUUUGAUUCACAGGAAGAUAUAGUAUAUCCAGAUGAUCCCCGAGUUUCUUUUAAGGUAGAUGAUGAUCUGAAACAAUUCUUCCGGAGCAUUGAAUUGCCUCGCGAUUUUCUUGAUGUUGAGAAAGAACUUCAGAAAACUGGAAUCAAGCCUCUUACGAACACUGCCCAGAGAAGGGCUGCAGCACAGAUUCAAGGCGUUUCCUCCAAAAAUAAACCUAAGAAGAAGAAGCACGAAAUUAGCAAGAGGACCAAGCUCACUAACGCUCAUCUUCCAGAGUUGUUUCAGAACCUUGAUAAGGUUGCCAAUUGCCUUGCCGAUAUUGCCGCAUAUUUACUCUUCUUUCUUUGUCUGGAUACUCCAUCCUCUUUCUUGUGGAAGACAUGCAUUUACAUAGGAUGCUUCACUUUUGUGGAUAAGAUGUAAUUAUCGAAUAUUGUACUCUGUAUCUCAAGAUUAUUGAGUAUUGAUCCUAUUUCUUUAUUGUGUAACUCACGGGGUUAUAUACUCCAAUGUCAUCUGUUCAUGCUUUGCUUGAACAUUUAAUUCUA